UCAUAAAAGCUAAUGGGGAGAAACUGUAUGAAGAAGCCAAUCUUCGAAAAAAGCUGUAUUUGAAGAAGGAAUAUACUUUCAAUAUGGUAUUUAGUGAUGGAAAAGUUCCCUUUGUAUAUAAUACCAUUAGGAAGAAUGGUCAUGCAACAGAAAAUACAUACGUGUAUUUAUUAUCUCAUGAGGAUGGAAAACAGCAGAUUGUGAAAGCAACAAAAAACCUAUGUAAAGAUGCCAAAAGGAAACCUGAAAUUUUAAACCACUUCCAUGCACAGCAUUUUGAAUACUAUUUAAAAGAUGUUCUUGACAUUCCUGAUCCUGAAUUAAUAUUUCAUUUUGGAAAAACAUUGGGAUUAAUAGGUUAUUUACCAUGGCACAUUCGACUCUCAGAAAUACUGUCUUAUCCUACACAUCAUAAUAUAACUAUUGAAGAAUUUCAGAAACUUUUGCAAAGGUAUAGCAAGUGUGAACAAAGGUUUGGGAAAUGAGAGUGCUGUGUUUCUUGUUCCAAACUUCUAGGAUCUGUGAUUUCAAAAUGAAGAUUUUUCAUUGUUUACUUAAUCAUGGAAAAAAAGAAAAGACCAGUGUUUUUUUAAGGAGCUCAGAAAUGUAUUUUUACAUUAAUUCAUACUCACAGUUUCAAAUCAAAAAUCAUAAUUAGUAAUUAAAAUUGUGAACAGAAAAAUUAUUGUACAUAGAUGUUUCAAAUAAAUAAUACGUUUGUUAAAAA